AUGGCCAACGAGGGCGAACGGCCAACCUCCGCCGACAAGGGCAAGGGCAAGGUUGAUGAUGUUCGUGAACAGAUCGACAAGAAUGCCGAGAAGGGCGAGAAGGCGCCCGCGGAUGCAAAGAAGAAGGAUGGAGAGCCUCAAGAUGAGGAGCUCAGUGAAGAGGAUCAGCAAUUGAAGAGCGAACUCGAGAUGCUUGUCGAGCGUUUAAAGGAACCGGAUACAUCACUCUACGGGGCUGCAUUGGACGCAAUCAAGACAUUCAUUAAGACUUCUACAUCGUCUAUGACCGCUGUUCCCAAGCCUCUUAAGUUCCUCCGACCGCAUUACGAUGACCUUUCCGGGCUUUACGAGAAAUGGGCUGCAGGCCCUGUGAAGAACUCGUUGGCAGAUAUGAUGUCGGUGCUUGGAAUGACCUACGGAGACGAAGAGAAGCUGGAGACUAUCAGAUACCGCCUCUUGGCCAAGUCCGAGGACCUUGGCUCUUGGGGCCAUGAAUAUGUUCGCCACCUUGCUCUGGAGAUUGGCCAGGAAUACCAGAACCGGUUGAACGCAGACCAGGACACUCAAGAUCUAGUAGACCUUGCCUUGUCUCUGGUGCCGUACUUCCUGAGCCACAAUGCCGAAGCCGAUGCUGUUGAUCUUAUGAGCGAGUUGGAAAUAAUUGAGGACAUCACCCAAUUUGUUGACGAAAACACAUAUGCUCGUGUUUGCCUGUAUAUGGUCAGCAUGGUCAAUCUCCUCACCUAUCCCGAGGACCAGCAAUUCCUUCGAACCGCCCACGAGAUCUACGUCCGCUACAACAAACUCUCACAGGCCAUUGUGCUCGCCAUUCGCCUGAACGACACCGAUCUUAUCAAAAGUGACAUCAAUGCGACGACAGACGUGUCUCUGAAGAAGCAGAUGGCCUUCCUUGUAGCCCGCCAACAGAUUUGGCUUGACCUCCCGGCCGACGAUGAAGAGGGAGAGGCUUUGGCUGAAUGUCUCAACAACACGUCCAUCCCCAAUCAUUUCAAGUCUCUCGGCAAGGAACUCAACAUUUUGGACCCCAAGAUGCCUGAGGACAUCUACAAGACACACCUUGAGAGCAGCCGUGGAGCCGGUCUCACAAACCUUGAUUCCGCACGACACAACUUGGCUAGCGCCUUCGUGAACUCAUUUGCUAAUGCUGGCUUUGGUAACGAUAAGAUGAUGCUGAUCGAAGGUGACAAGGGCCCCUGGGUUUGGAAGACCAAAGAUGACGGUAUGCUUUCUACAACUGCCUCACUUGGUAUGCUGCUACACCGUGAUGUUGAGGAUGGCCUUGAUAAGAUUGACAAGUUCACCUACGCACAUGAGGACCAGGUCAAGGCAGGUGCAUUGCUUGCUAUCGGUAUUCUGAACUCCGGUGUUCGACUUGAAUCCGAUCCUGCUCUUGCUCUCCUGAGUGACCCUGAUAACCUUGAGGCUAAGAGUGUCCAAAUGAGAGUCGCGUCCAUCAUGGGUCUCGGUCUUGCGUACGCCGGUUCCAACAAGGAAGAGCUUCUCGAGGUUCUUCUUCCCAUCGUGGAAGAUGCCUCGCUAGACAUGCAGCUUUCAGCCAUGGCGGCUGUCUCACUUGGUCUCAUCUUUGUUGGUUCAUCGAACCACCAAGUCAGUGAGGCCAUUGCCACUACAUUGAUGGAUGAGGAACGUCAGAAGCAGCUUAAGGACAAGUGGACGAGGUUCAUGGCCCUUGGUCUGGCCCUCCUGUACUUCGGCCGCCAAGAGGAGGUUGAUGUCAUUCUGGAUAUCCUCAAGGCUGUUGACCACCCCAUGGCCAAACCCACUUCCGUCCUUGCCUCAGUAUGCGCAUGGGCUGGAACUGGAACCGUACUCAAGCUGCAGGAGCUCCUCCACAUCUGCAACGACAUUAUUGAGGAGAAGGAGGAGAACAAGGGUGAUGAACUUGUUCAAUCAUACGCCGUUCUCGGUCUUUCGCUCAUUUCCAUGGGUGAGGACGUUGGCCAGGACAUGAUUCUCCGUCAAUUCGGUCAUCUGAUGCACUACGGCUCUAGCAACAUUCGCCGCGCAGUUCCCUUAGCCAUGGGUUUGAUCAGCCCUAGCAACCCCCAGAUGAAGGUCUAUGACACUUUGUCUCGGUACAGUCACGACAACGACAACGAGGUUGCCAUCAAUGCCAUCUUCGCCAUGGGUCUCUGUGGUGCGGGUACCAACAACGCCCGUCUUGCACAGCUCCUCCGUCAAUUGGCAAGCUACUACCAUCGUGACCAGAACUCGUUGUUCAUGGUUCGCAUUGCCCAAGGUCUCCUUCACAUGGGCAAGGGUACUAUGACCCUCAACCCCUUCCACACCGACCGACAGGUCCUCUCCCGUGUUUCAGCAGCGGGAUUGCUCACUGUGCUUGUGUCUCUGAUCGACGCAAAGCAGUUCAUCCUUGCUGAACAUCACUACCUGCUCUACUUCCUCAUUACCGCCAUGUUCCCCCGCUUCCUUAUUACCCUCGACGAGGACCUUCAGCCCCUCACCGUAAACGUCCGCGUUGGACAGGCUGUGGAUGUGGUCGGUCAAGCCGGUCGUCCCAAGACUAUCACCGGAUGGCAGACCCAGAGCACGCCAGUGCUCCUAGCUCACGGUGAGAGAGCCGAGCUUGAGGAUGAGCAGUAUAUUGCUCUGAGCAGCACUCUUGAAGGCCUGGUUAUCUUGCGCAAGAACCCGGACUAUGAAAGCCCUGAAUAA